AUGCAAAGUUUAGCCAGGUUGACUUAUUUCGCUCAUGCUUCUAGCCCUCAGCCGCCCAGCACGCUGCCACGCAAUAUGAACAAGGCGAUGCACGGCGCGGCGCACGGCGCGGCGCACGGCGCGGCGCACGGCGCGGCGCACGGCGCGGCGCACGGCGCGGCGCACGGCGCGGCGCACGGCGUGGCGCUUCGAAUAAUAUAA